AAGGCAGAAUGAUACUGGGCCAGAUGUGUCAGAUCAUUUGCACGAUACAGAUGAGUCUAUUGUGGAAGAAACUUUUGAUGAAGCCUCUACAAGCAACCAUUCCAACAAGCAAUUAGAUGAUGAGGUUGUUCCACCACUGAGACGCACAAAAAGCAUUCUGAUGGAUAGAGUACAAGAUUUUACCCAAGGUCUCUAUGAUUCAAGUAGUGACAGCGCAGAGGAGACUUCCAUUUCUAAGCAUAAAAGUUAUUCACAGAGGCUGAGAAGGUGGUCUUGCCGUCCUAUGAAUCUCAUGGAAUCGGAUGACUCAAACUUAGGUAGCGAUGAGGAGUAUGUUCCACAUUGCAUAGAGGAAAGCACAGAAAGUGAUAGCAGUAUGGAAUUAACCCUGGAAAAUGAAAAAACAGUGAACAAAGGAAGUUUGUCCAGAAAAUGUCAAGACACUUGUGGCGUAAACACCAAGAUGAAUCAGAUGUUGCGAAAGCAUUCAGUUUUCCUACAAGCUCAAAGGAAAGAAAACUACAAUUGGACUAUAUACGAAAUAAGGGAAACUUUGAGCACAACAGUGUUGUUUUGGAAACGCAAAAAGGAAAACUUAUCCCAUGGAAACAACCGGAAAAGAAAUCAGAGGGACAUAAAUUUGCACAUUGCAUUCACUGCUAUGGGUUGUUCUCAAGAAGAGCAAUGUGGCGGCAUUUCAAGGUCUGCAGAUUCAAACCUGAAAGUACUAAACCAGGUAAAACUAGAGUUCAGGCAUUGUGUGCAUUCGCUGAACCUACUCCAUCGGAAUAUACAGAUGCAUUUUGGAAGUUCUUAAGUGUAAUGAAUCAGGACCAGAUUGCUGUUGCAAUUAAAGAAGACCACUGCAUCCUCGAUUAUGGAUUCAGGUUGUUCAAAAAGAAUGAGAAAAUAGUCAGUCAACACCAAUACAUACGCCAAAAACUGAGAGAACUUGGCAGGCUUUUAUUGGAAGCUAAAAAAAUCACACGUGUGAAGACCAUUCAAGAACUCAUAAAACCUGAACAGUACACUCAGGUUGUCAAAGCUGCAAAGAACCUAUCUGGAUUCAGUGAGGAAACUGGCGAAUACCAAUGUCCCUCUCUUGCGCGCAAGGUAGGACACAGCCUGCAUUCAUUGGCUAUGUUUAUUAAGUCCGAAGGACUGAAAAAGAAAGACAAAGAAACCAUUAAAGAUGCCGAGGAGUUCGCACAGUUGUAUCAAGAGAGCUGGAGGUUUGAUAUUGCAAGCCAGGCAUUAACCCAGCUUAACCAGGCGAAAUGGAAUGCACCGCAACUGUUACCUCUCACACAAGAUAUUCAAAAGCUACAUUGCUAUCUAGAGGAAAAACAGCAGCAACACCUCAAAGAUCUACAAGAACAUCCUUCAUCCACAAAUUGGAAGGAAGUUGCAAAACUUCCCCCACAGCUGCGUCAGCUUGUUGGUUUUGAAAGCACUGGAGAAGUUGAAGAACAUGACUCACAGCACUCCACUCCCAGGGGUCUCCAGGUGCGAGGGCCCUCUGCUAUAGGUAGAUGA